AUGGACGAUGCGGGGGAGGUGGUCGCCGGAGACGUCGAUGCCGGCGGCAAUGGUGACCCCGAAGAAGGGCAAGGCGAAAGCGAAGGCUUCGACCCCAACUCGGACGUGGGUCAACCUGAUGGAGUUGAAGAAAGGAAGAGAGAGUUGACUGACAAGCUGGAUACCUUGAGUAAGAAAAAGCAUGAUCUUGUGCAGAUGCUGAAGCAGAGUUGCACAAUUUUAAAUGCCGAAGAGGAAAUCAGAACACGUAGCAUGCAGGCUUCACUGCGUGCUGCCAUGCCUCAGCCGCCAGAAAACACAGCUGAUGGAAGUGUUCCUAGACAGGUGCCCAGAAUGACCGUUGAUGUCAAUUUCAGCGAGUUUGCUGGGGAGUCAGAUGCUGGUUCCAACCAGGGCACUCCUGGGCUCCCCUUGCAUCAUGUUCACAGUAUUUCCCCUUCAACAGCCUCUUUUGCUAGGUCUCCAUUCGGUUCUCGCAACCACAACCCUGGCAACACUCCAAGAAGUCCAGCACCUUUCUCUACAGCAAGCCCAUCUCGCUUCGCAGGUACUGGGCAUCAAGGACACCACCCCUCAGCAUCACUACCAGCAGGCAACUUUGUAGCAUCGUCGCCUUCCCCUGCUGCAUCCGGUGGCUCUUCCUCUGUAUUCAGGGACUAUCGCCCGCCCAGUUCAACAUAA